GGUGGGUAGUUCCGUGUUACAUUUACUACGUUACAUGUAGGCUACUUAAGUAUUUUUUCCAAUAAAUUGUACCUUGGAAGUAGUAGGAGUAGUUUUAAUGACGAAUACCUUUUACCCUUACUCAAGUACAUUUACGAUUUAAAACAUUUACUUAAACUCCGCUACAUUAGGCUACACACAUAUCGCAACUUUUUAUUAUUUAUAGACAGGGCCGUGUCAAUGUUUUAAUUUGAUAUUUUUCUACGAACCGGAAGUUAUUUGUCUGCGCCCUCAGUUCAAGCUCCGGUGCUAAACAGUAUCACAUGAACAACAGAAAAGUACAGAGAACACUUUUUCGUAUGACUUUAUAACACAAUUUCAACAUAUCGUUUGUAAGCAGUUUGAGUCGUCUUAAAGAACACGUUGGGUUUAUGUGGUGAUCCCAGUUUUUACGUUUUGAAGUUGUGCACUGUGAUGGUGAGUAGGCUAUAGGCAUCUCUACUCUAAAUAGAUGCGUCACACCCAUACAAGUGCUAGUUUGGUUGUUAGCAACGGACUUAUAACGUGAAUAUCUUUAGAGUACCCGUGUAGAUAAUACUUUGUCUUACAAGGCGAAGCCUUACUCAUCACUGACAACUGAAAGUCGUCACACAAGCAAGAAUUAUUCUGAUCAUUUGAAGCCUAUAGUCCCGAGUACAAUGGCGCUGACAGGCACAGGGUCUGGUGAUGGGGAGGACGGAGUCGGGGAAACCGACGUGAAGGUUUGUGUUCUUGAUGGGUUCAGCGACAGUGCUGAGGUGCGAUCCCUGUUCGCCAGUUUGCCUGAAAUUCACGAAGAUACAGCCAAAAUUGAAUCCGCAACGGAGAGAUUCGUGGUCAUAAUGGAUGGAUACCAAGAGCAACCUCAUCUUCUGGAUCCACACUUAGAAUGGAUGGUGACCAUGUUGCUAGAACAUAUCCGGAGCGAGAAGUCCCCGCCUCUGCUUGUGCACCUAGGAUUUAAAUUUCUUUACAUCAUUUCUAAGGUCAGAGGCUACAAGAUCUUCAUGCAGCUCUUCCCCCAUGAGGUGGCAGAUCUUCAGCCUGUGUUGGAUCUGCUAUGCAGACAAGACCCCAAAGACACAGAGACUUGGGAGACCCGCUACAUGCUUCUCCUCUGGCUUUCCAUGACCUGUCUCAUUCCCUUUGACCUAUCCCGUCUGGACGGUCAUCUGAGCUCUGACCCCGCUCAGGUCAGAGAGCCCGUUAUGGACCGCAUCCUCGCUGUUGCCAAGUCCUACCUAACAGUCAGCGACAAGUCCAGAGAUGCUGCCUCAGUGCUUGUGUCAAAGUUUGUGACGCGCCCCGAUGUGAAGCAGAGACGUUUGGGAGAUUUCCUCGACUGGAACCUCACCACGGUCUCCCAGGCCAGUGACCUUACUAUGGAAGGCACCGUCGUUCUGGAUGGUACUUUGCAGUCUCUGGCCCAAUUAUUCAAACAUGGAAAGAGAGAUGACUUCCUCCAGUAUGCUCCGACAGUCCUCCAGUGCCUGGAUCAGCGGCACCUGCCGGAGAGCAACCAGGCCAUGCUUAGGAAGCUGGGGGUGAAGCUGGUGCAGCGGCUGGGCCUGACCUUCCUGAAGCCACGCAUGGCCAAGUGGAGGUAUCAAAGAGGCAGUCGGUCCUUAGCUGUGAAUCUGUCCCAGUCUGUCUCCUCCAAACCAAUGGUGACCUCCACCCCAGAUCAGGGUGAGGAUGAGGACUAUGACAUUCCUGAAGAAGUGGAGAACGUCAUCGAGCAACUCCUGGUUGGCCUGAAGGACAAGGAAACCAUAGUGCGUUGGUCUGCUGCCAAGGGUAUUGGAAGAGUUACAGGUAGACUGCCAAAAGAGUUGGCUGACGAAGUUGUCGGGUCGGUGCUGGACUGUUUCAGUUUCCAGGAGACUGAUAACGCAUGGCAUGGAGGCUGUCUGGCCCUGGCAGAGCUGGGCAGAAGAGGACUGCUGCUGCCCUCCCGCCUGUCUGACGUGGUCCCACUGAUCAUAAAGGCCCUGACGUAUGAUGAGAAAAGAGGAGCCUGUAGUGUUGGUUCCAAUGUGCGGGACUCCGCCUGCUACGUGUGCUGGGCCUUCGCCCGGGCCUACGAACCUCCGGAACUCAAGCCCUUUGUCAACCAGAUUGCCAGCGCUCUUGUGAUCACUGCUUUGUUUGACCGGAAUGUGAACUGCCGGAAGGCAGCCUCAGCUGCUUUUCAAGAGAAUGUCGGCAGACAGGGCACGUUCCCUCAUGGUAUAGACAUCCUAACAGCAGUAGACUACUUUGCCGUGGGAAACCUAAACAACUGCUACCUGUCCAUCAGCGUCUAUAUUGCAGGAUUCCCAGAAUACACGCAGCCCAUGAUAGACCACUUGGUGGCCAUGAAGGUCAAUCACUGGGAUGGGGCAAUCAGAGAGCUCGCCACCAAAGCACUCCAUAACCUCACCCCCAAAGCACCAGAGUACAUGGCUGAGAUGGUGCUGCCCCAGCUGUUGCCCAUGGCAACAGGGAUGGAUCUGCACUGUCGCCAUGGUGCCAUUCUGGCCAGUGCUGAGAUCACCCAUGCUCUCUACAAGCUCAGUUCCCAGAGCAACAGGCCUGUGACAGAGCUGCUCUCCCCAGACACAGUGGACCGCCUGAGAGGCAUUCACCAGAAGAUCUCAGACAAGAAGCAGUACAGGGGCUUUGGUGGCGAGCUCAUGAGGCCAGCAGUAUGUGUCUUGAUUGAGAAGAUGUCUGUCUCCAAGAUGCCUUUUACGGGAGAUCCAGUCAUCUCGGGGUGGCAGUGGCUGAUUGAUGACAGCCUGAAGAGCCUGCACCUGUUCUCCAGUGGAGCCAAGCAGGGCAUCAAGGAGGCUGCUGUUGCAGCUCUGGCCGCUCUCUGUAAUGAGUACUAUCAGCUGGAGCCUGGGGUGGCUGACACACACAUGCAAGAGGUUCUGGUGAGCCAGUACAUUGAAGCCCUGAAGAGCCCAGAGGUGCUGACCCGAUGUGGCUGUGCUCUGGCCCUCGGCUCUCUGCCCAGGUUCAUCAUCCGCACUAAACUCCAGCAGAUCGUGGAGGGUCUUCAGCUGGCCUGUGCGUUCUCCCAGAAGGGUGUGGGCUUCACUGAAUCCAGGAGAGACGCAGCCACGGCUUUGGCACGGGUGUGUGUGGCAGUCGGGGUGGACGCUGACGGCUCUCCUGACUGUGUGCUGUGUGCUGGAAACAUGCAGCAGGUCUACUCCACGCUUCUGGACUGCAUGGGCGACUACAGCACAGACAGCCGAGGAGACGUGGGGUCAUGGGUGCGAGCAGCAGCCAUGACUAGCCUGAUGGAGUUGACCCUGCUGGUAGCCACCUCCGCUCCAGAUCUCCUCUCCCCUGACAUUAUCAAGCGUAUGAUGUGCUGUCUGGCCCAGCAGUCGGCGGAGAAGAUCGACCGCUAUCGUGCCCACGCCGGCGCCGUUUUCCUGGGUCUCCUGCACAGCCGCACGCCCGCAGUACCUCACAUUCCCCACCAGGAGGAGCUCCUGAGCAUCUUCCCUCCGGAUGGAGUCAGCUCUCUGAACUGGAAUGCAGCAUCACAGGCCUUCCCCCACAUCACCCAGCUGCUGAAGCUCCCAGCCUACCAGUACCACACACUACUGGGCCUCUCCGUCUCUGUGGGGGGUCUCACUGAGUCCACGGUACGCUUCUCCGCUCAGUCCCUGUUCGACCACCUGAAGGGGAUCCAGCAGGACGAAGCCGCCCUGGGCCAGUUCAGUGACACACUCCUGCGCAUCUUCAAAGACAACCUGCGCAAUGACCGGGUAUCGGUGCCUUUACUGAAGAUGCUGGAUCAGAUGUUGGCCAACGGCUGCUUCGACCUCUUCACCAACGAGGACAAUCAUUCGUUCGCUGUGGACCUGCUGGCUCUGUGUAAGGAGGAGAUCAAGAGGUCCAAAGACGUCCAGAAGCUGCGCUCCUGUAUAACUGUGUACUGUGGGAUGAUCCAGUUCCAAGGCAGCGUCAGGAAAAGUGUCCUGCUGCAGCUGCUGAUGCUGCUGUGUCACUCCUUCCCUGUGAUCAGGAAGGCCACCGCCGGCCAGGUGUACGAGAUGCUCCUCAUCUACGACGACGUGGUGGACCCUGCCGUCCUGGAUGAUGUCAUGACCCUGCUUAGUGACACUAACUGGGAGAGUAAUCUAGAAACAGUACGCACCCACAGAAAUCAGCUCUGUGACUGGCUAGAUGUACCCAGACCCACACUAUUGGCAAAGGGUCCUGCGCAGUAGAGUGGAGUCUUGGUCAGAGAAGUGGUCCGUGGGCGUGAUGUAACACUGCAAGCAUUGUUGUCUGUCUGUGCUUGUCUGCCUGUCUAGUGGUUGGGUAUCCUUCCUUAGAUUGUAUGAAUAUGGCUGUCACCAUGUUGAUCCACCAUGUCAUGUUUAGAAAUAAAUCUACACAGAAA